AUGAGGGCACGGAACCUUCUUCCAAUCCUGCUCUUGCUGGGCCAAAUGCCGUUGCCUGAAGUUCCAAAUGAUUUCGUAGAGAUCUGCAGUGGAAAAGCGGCUCUGUCAAAGGGCCUGAGGAUGAGCGGAUUCCAAGGAAAGGAAUUUGACGUCCUUUACAGUGGAAACCACAAUCUGUUACGCACCGUCGGCUUUGUCACGGUCCUCAUGGCUGUACGGAACACGCGCCCAGGGGGGCUACUGAUGGUAGCACCACCUUGCGCAACUUGGGUGUUUCUCUGCUCUGCGGUGACAGGCCGCUCUUGGAGCAACCCUGGUGGCAAUUCCCAACGAUGUGUUGAACUUGCCAACAUCUUGGUUCUACGACUUAUAUAUAUAUUGUUCUAUGCUGUGAAGCGCAAUGUGAAGAUUCUCAUCGAACAGCCGCAGUCAUCAGUCAUGUGGAUGUGGCGACCUGUCCGCAAAUUCCUCCAUUGGGCUGGGUGCAGGACAGAAUGCUAUAGCUUCCUCUUGGCCAGUGCCUGCGAACUCAACAUGGAAUCAUGCGACUUAUGGCAUACAUGGUAG